GUAGUUGUACCAGACUGCCAGUUCAUGAUCAAUUAUUGCCCAGAGAAAACAGACUGUUUUAGUCUUUUAGAUGCCUUGAUUGGCCUCUUAUUGCCAAAAACUAGUUAAAGCCUACCAAAUUACUUUCUUCCACGAACCAUAACCUGCCAUGGAAAGCAACACACCCGAUCCCAACCAAACCCAAACCCAAACCCAAACCCAAACCCAAAGUAGCGAUCAUGACCACCAUGCCAUCAACAUGGUCACUAUAGACGACACACAUUUAGCAGCCAUCCACCAAAAGAUCAACACCCCACCAAAGAUCCUUAGCAAGGCGGCCGGCCGAGCCACGUGCUCGAUCUUCAAAGUCCCUAAGAGUUUCAACGACGUAAAUGGCAAACUCUACCAACCACAAAUCAUCUCCAUAGGACCCUUUCAUCAUGGACUACCCCACGUCCAAAUGAUGGAAGAACACAAGUAUUGUUACCUCGGCAACCUCUUGGCUCGAACCAACCUGUCGCUCUCGGAGCUCUUCAGUGCGGUCGCCCCACUCGUGGGCGCCGCACGCGAGUGCUACUCCGAGAGCAUUGAGCUCGAUGAUCAAGUGUUCCUUGAGAUGUUGGUGGUUGAUGGGUGUUUUAUUAUUGAGAUGUUUAGGAAAGCUGCUAAGUUGGUUGGAUUUGAGAGUGAUGAUCCUAUUGCGUCUAUGUCUUGGAUCUUUCCUGCGCUUCUUAGGGAUUUACAUCGGUUGGAGAAUCAAAUUCCAUUCUCUGUAUUGCAGUGUUUGUAUGAUUUGACUUGUGGGAAAGAUAGUAGUGGGAGUUUUACUCUUGCUACUCUUUCGUUGGAGUUCUUCAAUUUUACCAUUCAGCGGCCAAACGAUAUUAUCUGGAAGUAUAAGGAUUUACAACCCAAACAUUUGUUAGAUCUGUUACGAUCUAGCUUCAUCAUCCCAGAAUUAGACCCAGAGAACUCUUCAAAAGAAAAAGCAGCUCCGCAGCAUGUAAUUCACUCCGUUUCGAAACUUCGACAAGCCGGCAUCCACCUCAGGCCGGGGAAAUCAGAAACCUUCUUAGGAAUAAAGUUUAAACGAGGUGUGAUCGAAAUGCCGAAGGUAACCAUGGACGAUUUUAUGAGCUCGUUGUUGGCGAAUUGCGUAACGUACGAGCAAUGCCACAAUGGUCACUCCACAUACUUCACUACCUAUGCAACGUUUGUGGAUUGCCUUGUUAAUUCAGCUAAGGAUGUGGAGUACCUUUGUGACAAGAACAUCAUUGAGAAUUAUUUUGGGACAGAGGCUGAAAUUGCUACGUUUAUCAACAAUUUGGGUAAGGAGGUCGCAUUUGAUAUCGACCAUUGUUACUUGGCUAAGUUGUUUAAUGAUGUCAAUGCAUAUCAUCGAAGUACUUGGCAUGUUUAUUUGGCCACUUUAAAGUACACUUAUUUUAGCACACCUUGGUCCUUCAUUUCCGUGGUUGCUGCGAGUGUGUUGCUAGUUUUGACUGUUUUGCAAACUUAUUAUACAGUUUUACCGUACUACAAACCAAGUGAUUAGUAGUUUACUACAUGUAGCAUUUGAUUAGGUAAUGGUAAUUAUAGAAUGAGAAUAUUCGUUGACCCCUUCUUUUUUCUUUAAAAAUUAAUGUUGGAGUUUUUGCA